AUGAACCCCGAGGAGGAGUUCCUUCCCGAAUGGCUCGUCGUCGGUGGUCCAACAACAACAACAAUUGCCGCCGACGAUGAUGAUGAUGAUGAUGAUGAUAAUCGUCAACAACAUCUCCUUCGUCUUCUCAAUUCUCUCCUUCACAACGCUAACGGUUUAGGUGCGUCAACGCUGAAAGACGUGCGUCGCCGGUGUAAAGAAGGGAAGGAAUCGAUCGAGCGGUAUUCUCCCGCGCAUUUUUCGGGGGCAUUUGACGACGACGAUGAUGACGACGAGGCCGUGGCAUCGCGCCUCGCGCCAAAGCUCGUCAAACUGCAACACGCGAAAGAUUUCGUCUGGGAAGAGCUCCACACGGGGGACUGGAAAGACGCGGAGGAUAAAUGGCGAGAAGGCGAAGGGUUGGUUAUUUUCGCGUAUUGCCGGAUGUGCGUGAGAUACGCGCGAGCGCGAGUGAAGAGUGAUGAAGUGGGAGCGAAAUACGUCGAGCGCGUGUUGAAAAGGGUGAUAAAAGAGCUGGAUGUGGGAACGUUGCUCGCGGGCGACGUCGGCGGAGGGAAGACGUUGGCGAAAGUCGCGGAGGAAGUGAGCGAGCGUUUGAAAGAGGUGAGAAAGAUGAUGGAUGCGAAUGUCGGGGAAGGAGAUAAGAGAGUGCUGAAUUGGAGAUUUGAAUGCGAGGACGUGGAGAACGCGAGCGAGGAAGACGUAGAGGACGAUGGGAAGAAACGAAAGAGAGAAGCAAGCGAAGAGGAAGAGGAAGAAGAAGAAGAAGAAGAAAAGAACGUCUUAUUUCCGAUACUCGAGAAAGACAGAGGAGGACAGCCACCGUUGAAAGUGCCUAAAUUCAAGGAACCGCUAUCGUUGGAGACCUUCAUGACGCAGUUUUACUUGCCAAAGAAACCAUGCGCCAUGCGACGCUUUUGCACGCAUUGGCCUGCCCACGAGAAGUGGAAAGAUCCCUCGUAUUUCCUCGACAACUUUGGCGCUCGAGCCGUGCCAGUAGAAUUUGGAAGCUCGUAUUCGAGCGAAAACUGGAAAAUAAACGUCGUGACGUUCGAGGAGUUUCUUUUAAAGCACAUGACGGAUGACAAAUGCGGCGCUUAUUUAGCGCAGCAAACGCUCGCAGACCAAUUUCCGAAACUUUUAGAGGAUAUCCGCGAACCAGAGUACGUCCACGGCUGUUUUCGAGAGGAAGAGGAGGACGAAGGAAACGGUGGAAGUAAGAUAAACAUCGUCGCGAAGAAUUUUUGGAUAGGUCCGAAAAACACGGUCUCUCCGCCGCACACGGACCCUCGAGAUAACUUGUUUGUCCAAAUUUGUGGCGCCAAGCGCGUUCGUCUCUGGAAACCGUUAGAUACGGACACAGACAAAGACGAUAACGACGACGACGACGACGAAAACGCAAUGAACCAGAACGCGACAACGACGACCACGAUGUACCCGUACACCGCCUCCUCCACAGAAAACACCAAACUCACCAACACCUCCAAAGCGGGCGAUAUUUCGCUCGCUUCUUUUUCUCCUCGAGCGUUCCCGAGGCUCUAUCGGAGACCUUUUUACGACGUCCAACUCGACGCCGGUGACGCGCUCUUCAUUCCCAAAGGGUGGUGGCACUUCGUGAAAAGCGUUUCGAACAGCAUCAGCGUCUCGUAUUGGUGGUAG